CAUCCCUCUCUUCCCAUUCUCACCCCUCAAUCCACUCACACAAACGCACAUCUAUCCGCAAUGGCCGGCAACCUCGACUUCACCAAGCAGACCUACACCCUCAACACCGGGGCCAAGAUUCCCGCCGUUGGUCUCGGCACCUGGCAGUCCAAGCCCAACGAGGUCCGCGAGGCCGUCAAGGCUGCCCUCCUCGCUGGCUACCGUCACAUUGACACUGCCCUUGCCUACGGCAAUGAGCACGAGGUCGGUCUCGGUAUCAAGGACUCGGGCGUCCCCCGUGAGGAGAUCUGGAUCACCACCAAGCUCGACAACCCCUGGCACAAGCGUGUCGAAGAGGGCAUCCAGUCUUCCCUGAAGUCCCUCCAGACCGACUACGUCGACCUCUACCUCAUGCACUGGCCCUCGUCCACCGACCCCGCCGAUCUCAAGAAGCACUACCCCGACUGGAACUUCGUCAACACCUGGCAGGAGUUGCAGAAGCUUCCCGCCUCCGGCCGCGUGAAGAACAUUGGUGUCUCCAACUUCGCCAUCAAGAACCUCGAGAUCCUCCUCAACGACCCCUCCACCAAGAUCGUUCCUGCGGUCAACCAGAUCGAGCUCCACCCCAACAACCCCUCCCCUAAGCUCGUCGACUACUGCAAGUCCAAGGGCAUUCACUGCACUGCCUACUCUUGCCUUGGCUCGACCGACUCCCCUCUCUACAAGAACGAGGCUCUGAAGAAGAUUGCUGAGGCGAAGGGCAAGACUGUCCAGCAGGUCCUGCUCAAGUGGGGCCUCCAGCGUGGCACCAGCGUUAUCCCUAAGAGUGUCACCGAGUCCCGCAUCAAGGCCAACUUCGAGCUUGACGGCUGGGCGCUCUCCGACGAGGAGAUGACCAAGAUCAGCAGCAUGCCUGAGCGCUUCAAGGUUUGCGGCGACGACUGGCUGCCCGUCAAGGUCUUCUUCGGUGACGACGAGUAAACAAUUGUGGCAGGAACCAUGGUUGUUCUUGUUGAUUAUAUACCCCUUCCCCUUGCUGUAAAAAGUACCGGAUAGACUUGGGCGGGGUUAUUUACGCUGCAUGACGAUAUCCCACGAUAGAAAAUGAAUGCUUUCAGAUGCGAUAG